AUGGAGAAAAAUACCCUCAGGAAACAAGGUAACCACCAAGCAAAGGAAAUAACAACCAGCCAAUGGGAGAAGCCUGUUACAGGUUUUGAAACAACAGCUGGAAUAGGAUCCUCCGUCACAGCUUCUGAAUUCACAUCUGCCUCUGGUUCUUCAGUUUCAUAUGGAGAAAAUACCUCAGGAACAGGUACCACCAGCAAUGGAAUAACAACUGAAUCAACAACAGUUAUAGGUGAAAAAACAACUACUUCGGCAGCCUCCACUAUGGAAAAUGGCAGUGCAAUUAAAACUAGUACUUUGUGGAUCACCUCAGAAACAGUUACACCCGAAGAGGUGACUACUACUAUUACUAUUACUACUACUACAAGUUCAGAUGUAUCAAAACCCUCUGAUGAAUCAGAGUCAGGCAAUAAUGUAGCAACUAAAGUGUCAUCUGCUGUCCCUGAACCUGCAACAUCUCCAGAAGUAAUCACAACUUCUCCUGAAGCAGAAACAACCACAACCAGUGUCAGAGUGACAGAGGCACCUGAAGAAACAACAAAUCAAGGCUGUGGUAACAACGGAGAGGUCAACAACUCAGAACAGAAAGCACCAGUUGUUGACAAUGAACCUACGACUACUACCACAGCUGCACCCACCACUACCAGUACCACAACUGCACCUACUACUACCAGUACCACAACUGCACCUACCACUACCACUACCACAACUUCCACCACUACCACCACCACAACACCUGCUCCAGUCUUCGUCUGUCCUAAUGGAUGGUCGAGAUUUGCUGACUCCUGCUACCUCGUUUCUUCAGUCAAAGGCUCCUGGGAAUCGGGAGAAAAGUAUUGCAAGAAUAUCGGUGGUUCCUACGUCACGAUCAGCUCCUCAGCUGAGCAAAACUACCUUAAAAUUUUUCAUCUUAAUCUUUGGGCAUCUCAUGGAAUCACCCGUGACUCAAUAACAUUUUCCAUUCCUCCGAAGGUCUUGUGCGCGACAACACCUGGAUUGGUUACAAUGACAAAGCCAAAGAAGGAACCUUUGUUUGGUCUUCAGGGGAAAACUCCAGUUACAAGGCAUUUGCCAGUGGAGAGCCCAACAACGGCGGAAUCUUCAGCUCAGAAGACUGUGUCGAGAUGCGCAAGAAAGAAGGUUACCUGUGGAACGACGAGGGCUGCUCUAGUGAUAACUAGUGAGUUCAGUCGUGAAGUGAAAGGCUGUGAAUUCUUACUUCAAUCGCUAUGCAUGCGAGACUGGCCUCGUGGUGAAGACAUAGAAUACCCGAACAGAACUUUCGACCUGAGGACGCGCAUGGCUCAAGAACCUAGAACGAGAAACUUUUGA